AUGUACAUGGGUGGUGAUGAGGAUGCCCAUGCUGGAAAAGGUCCUGAUUCGUCAGCUAAAAGAAUCCGGUUGGAGCUAGUUGAUAAGAUGCCUGACAACCCAAAAAGGCUUGUAUUUGAGAGUACUCAACAACGAUAUGCAAGUCAUUCCCCUUCUAAGAACCCUGCGGUAGCACCUACUUCUCGUGACCACUCUCAGAGAAGGACUCAUGCUGCUCAGCGUAUUAUGGAUAGGGUCCCGUCUAACCUGAAGAGGGUGGUUUUUGAGAGCUCGCAGGAGAGGUUUGAGCAUCAUAUUCGACCAGGGCAUGUGUUGCCUACUGCAGCUGGUCACGACAGUGAUGAUGACGACUUCAUGCCCAUUCCCAACGCCCGUUCAUUCUCACACAUCGACAAAUCUAAGGAUGUUGGUCCGAGGAAAACUAGGCAAACACGAGCAGGAUUGUCGACCGGUGCAUGUACAGAGGGACAAGUUGCAUGCAGUUUUAAGGUGCCAGUAACAGAUGUUGUUAAAGGACCACCACAGGUUGUGGACUACAAUACAAAGGAAGCCCAUGGGAACACUGCAGUUGAGUUGGAGACAACAAUGGUCAGGCAGCGCCCCGUGCUGUAG